AAACUAAAACACCUCGUGUGAGUUUUUAUUUUCAAGUGACACAUAAUACUAGCAAGCUAUGUCAUCUUUAAAAGCCGUUAAGUAUAUUAGUUUUGAAGUUUUAAACUGCUAAUCCCAAUUUCCCGGUACGAGACAGCUGAAACCAACGGAGGGAGGAGCGAAAGGCGGCACUUGCGAAACUCACCUAAAUAAUUGUAACGUAGGUCACACAGUGGUUCUCAUUUUCUGGAAUCAACAACAUAUUUUAAAUUCUUAAUAUCGAAUACCGUUACACGAAUAAAAAAAAAAUUACAAACACGAGUUCACAAGAUCUGAGGAUUUACAGCAUUUUCUAAAAGGAAAUACUCCUGUGUGUUCUCGCUGUCUGAAGGAUAUAUUAAAAACACAAACAGGGACUGUACAACAACCGCCUUUACCUGAAGUGAACCCAGGCAAAUGCAAAUUGCAACCCAGGAGAUAUUUGUUUAAAUUGUUGAUUGAAAAUCUACAAGGAAACCUGCUCAAAAUUAGAAGCAGCUGAAUGGUCAAAAAGGUCCCUUGGGUCGACAUUGUCUAUACCUUUCGGGGUUGGGGAGAGAACGGCAACAGAAGCAUGAAAGAAAUGGAUGGAUUUAGCGUGCAAAACUAAAUCCAAAAGAGGCAAAAAGGAGGAAAGCAAAACAUACAGGCAGUGGGAACACCAAUAAUAUUUAGGACAAUAUUUUGGUUAAGUAGCUUUUAUAGGUAUUGAGGGCGGAUUGGACACAAGCAGGUGAAACAAAAACAUAGCGCCUCCUAUUAUUAUCUUUAACACAAUUUCUGAUGGGUUCUUCCCUGGAUGGGGGUUAGACUCUUGAAGAUAGCAUCUUUCCUGGGAAGUGGAAAUUUCUCCUAAUUGCCAAGAGCAACUAUGAUUGAAGUGAGGUGUCUGAGAGGAAAGGUUCCUGCUGGUACUAUUUUUAUACCCGAACUGAAUGCCUAGUUGUAUGUUCCUGGUCGCAGAUUUUGGCUGAAAUGGAUCUAUCAAAUUUCCUGUCUUUCCAGCCUCCAACCAGGGCUACCAUAAUGAUAUCCUGCAAUAAGCUAUUGAACCCCACAAACAGAGUUUCCGCUGACAGGCCACUGUCCUUGAAGUGUUGUGACUCAGAACUUGACUGUUGAACCAACCCCCCGCUAUGAUCUAGGAAAGCUGCAGUGAAUACCAUGGCUUCGUUUGUUGCCCGUGCAAACAAGGACAAUCGGUCCCUGAUUCUGAAGGGAGUGGAUCCAGAAACGUGCAUGAUUGUAUUUAAAAAUCACUGGGCUCAGGUGCUGAAGAUCCUGGAGAAGCAUGACCCUCUACGGAGCAGUGGUGGUUUUGGCGCUGGUGGCGGGGGGCUGCGUUUUGGGCCGAUCCCAGGCGACGAAGCGAGUGCAGUGCAGAACUACGUAGAGCACAUGCUGUUACUGCUGAUGGAAGAGGAGAGCGGGCAAGUGGGCUCCAUGGGCUCCAUCCUGGAGUUUGUUGUGACAGAGAAUGUGAUGGAGAAGCUGUUCCUGUGGAGCCUGCGGCGUGAAUUCACAGACGACAUGAAGAUCGAGCAGCUCAAGAUGUACGAGAUGCUGGUGGUCCAGUCCCGGCAGCCCUUGCUGCACCACAAGCCUGUGCUAAAGCCGCUCAUGAUGCUGCUUAGCUCCUGCUCGGGAACAGCCACCCCUGCCGUGGAAGAUGCGCUGGUCAUCCUGCUCAACCAGCUUUGCUCCAUCUUGGCCAAGGACCCUUCCAUACUAGAGCUCUUCUUCCACACCAGUGAGGACCAGGGAGCAGCCAACUUUCUCAUCUUCUCCCUGCUCAUCCCCUUCAUCCACCGCGAGGGCAUUGUGGGGCAGCAGGCACGUGAUGCGCUGCUCUUGAUCAUGUCUCUCUCCGCCGAGAACCACGUUGUCGCCAAGCACAUUGCAGAGAAUACCUACUUCUGUCCGGUGCUGGCAACGGGGCUGAGUGGCCUGUACUCCUCCCUGCCAGCGAAGCUGGAGGUGCACAGCGAGGAGUGGCACUGCCUGCAGAGAGAAGACUGGAUCCUGGUCCCUGCACUGGUGCAGUUCAUGAACUCCCUUGAAUUCUGUAAUGCUGUCAUACAGGUGGCACAUCCUACAAUCCGAACCCAGCUGGUUAACUACAUCUACAAUGGCUUCCUGGUGCCUGUGCUGGCACCAGCUCUUCAUAAGCUAACACUGGAGGAGGUGAUGACCACCACAGUGUACCUGGAGCUGUUCCUGCGCAGUGUCUCCGAGCCGGCUCUCCUGCAGACCUUCCUCAGCUUCAUCCUGCUGCACCAGCAUGAGAAUGUCCACAUUCUGGACACCCUGGUCAGCCGCAUCAACACCCCCUUUCAGCUUGGCACCGUGUCUCUCUCCUUGUUCAGGACUCUGAUUGGUUUGCACUGUGAGGAUGUGAUGUUACAGCUCAUCUUGAGGUACCUGAUCCCCUGUAAUCACAUGAUGCUGAGCCAGCGCAGGGUGGUGAGAGAGAGGGAUUGCUACUCUGUGUCUGCGGCCAAGAUCCUUGCCCUGACCCCCAGCUGCAUCUCCCCUGUGCUCAGCUGCGCAGUCCAGAAACACCAGGCCAGCUGCAUCCUCCAGUCACAGGGAAAUUAUUCGUGCCAGUUCAACAGUAAGGGUUCCAAGGAGGAACAAAAUGUCCUUGACAACCAAGAAUACGGCUGCAUUGUGGGGUAUCAAGGCAUGGAUGCCAGCUACUUGCACUACCUGUACGAUGCCCGCAGCAACAUCACACGCUGCAUCAAAGCCUGUCGAGUCUGGUCUGCCCCUUAUGACGGGGAAAACCCUCCUCCUGAGCGACUCCAGCUCAGGCCAGCAGAGGAGGGGGGCAAGCAGGCACAGUCCUCUCGGAGAGCCUGCAGGAGCCGGGUUUCCCCUGAUCUGACCACAGGGGAGAAGACCCAACUGCUAGAGCUGGAGUGGGAUGACAGCUAUGAUACUGGCAUGUCCCCGGGUGGCGACGGAGAUCUCUCUGAGGGAGACCCUCGUGUCAAAGAGCCAACACCUGUCGAGCCACCCAGGCACAUCCAGGAAAUGAGGAAGAACGCCAUAAUGUUCGUCAAGGGAUCUUACAUUGAAGAGUCAGACUUUCAGGAUGAUGUCAUGGUGUACAAUCUGAUUGCUCAGAAGGACGUCCAGGAUCCCGUAGAGCACAACAGUAGCGGUGCAAACGGGACGGUGAAAACGGCUCCCACGGUCCCUGAGCAGCAACCGCAGUCCCUCAGUAAUGGUCUGACCACCACACAAAACCCCAAACUGGUGGUGGAGCAAAAGAAGAUGAUUGUCAGCCUGAGCAGGGAAGGGCAUCCUGUCUCGAGGAAUGGAAAACUGGAUGAUGAACACAAGCUCUCUGAGCCAGACCACAACUCCAAUCUUCGAAUCCUAAGCAUUGAUGGGGAUGACCUCCUCUCCCAGUAUGAUGACCUCCUCAAGGGUCUGGGGGCCAAAUGUGGAGGUCCUGAGGAUACUGAGAGGGCCUUUGUAUCACCCGUCACUCCCAUGGAAGAGGAUGACGUGGAUUUCAGUGUGUUUUCUGAUGACAUGCUGGAUCCAGAAAGGCUGCCUUCUCCCUUUGGGCCCAAAAGCCGUGCUGUGUAUUCUGUCAGCACCAGGACUCAUGGAGCACCGUUCACAGGGCCAUUCGUCAGUGUUCUCUUGUCACGGCUAGAGAACAUGCUGGAGAACUCCUUUCAUGUCAACCUGCUGCUCACUGAGAUCAUAGCUCAGCUGGCCGCCUAUCCACAGCCACUGUUGCGCUCCUUCCUCCUCAACACCAACAUGGUCUUUCAGCCCAGCGUUCGCUCCCUCUACCAGGUGCUUGCGGCUGUAAAAAACCAAAUUGAGCAGGUUGUUGCUACGAAGAAAGACAUCCCUGCCCUGGUGACAGAAGCCCAGCAGUACUUCCUCUCGAGAGUUGACAGCAAAGAUGUGGUUCAGGAUCCCCUUGGUGCAGAGAACGGGCAGUGGGUUCAAGAUGGCGGAGAAAACCGGACACAACUGCUCCCUAGCAACAAACGGGAGAAAGCACCACCCCUUCCAAAUAUUCCAUCCCAGACGAGGAAUGUUGUUUUUGCAACUGUACUCUACACAGAAUUUCUAAAAGAACUGUCUGCCAUUGCACAAGAACACAUAAUUGUAUCAUACAUAUUGACAGAAGAAUAGUUUAUUUGUUUUACCUUUUUUGUUUGUUUUACACUUUUUAAAUGACUUUUAAAUAUAUUUUUAAAUGUACUGUACCUGGCACUACUUGAUAAAGAAGAUACCUCUUUGGUUGAGGUAACCCUUUUAUUUGGGCAAAGGACUACUGUGUUUUAAUAUCAUUAGGUAUGUUUGGAAAUACAGCGGUUAUUCCCUGAUCAAGUUAAUGGUUGGUCAGCUCCCAAUAGCCAUAAUGACUUUGAGAAAACACAACAAAUGUUCUGUAAGUAUACAGUCCAUUAUUUGGUGGACACAUGGUUUUAUUUGUGGAGGUUUGGUUACAAUAAAUAUUAACCACCUUGGCUAAUCAUGUGCAAUCACUAUCCCAAGCCUGGUUGACAUUUGAAAA